UAUUGUUUAUGACAACGACCUCGUUUGUAACCCGAUCUUUUAUUCUACGACAGUGAAAUCAUCGAACGGUUAUUGUAGUUUAUUGUUGUAUGAGUACAAACCGACACAGCCGGAUUUUCUAGUUCUUCAAAAUGGAUUUCAAAUAUGGAAGCUUGUUUGUGUUGGGACUGUUAGCGAUAUCCGCCGUGUGCUCGGAUGCUCGGGGUCGCGUCAGUUCCUAUCGAAGAUCUGGGUCAAGUGUUUCCUCUAGCGGCUUCGAGUAUAUCGUUGGCGUGGUGAUUGGGGGCUUCUUGAUUGCCAUCAUUGCCUACGUCGUCAUUUGCCUUCUGAAGAAAAAAGGCAUCAUUUGCGCCUCACCAAAUGUGACCUCUACGCCCAACUCUGGAAUCAACAUUGUGUACAAGAGAGACCUGACCGACAACUACUCCACGGGGUUUGUCAACCCGCCCCCACCGCCCACAUACUCUGCUGUGUAUCCCCCGUCAUACUCAAACGGAAAUGUGUCCGCGCCCGACCCCGCGCCCGACUAUCCAUAGUCAUAGAUAUUGACUAUGUACAUAGUCGAACUAUCUUUUUAAGAAGACUUUUUGUCGGAAGAUUUUUGUUGAUUUAGUAUGUGUAUGUAUUAUAAUAAACAACGGGUAACUUUAACAAAAAACAACAACAACAUUUCCAUCGAGCGCCUAUGGAAAAAAGAGGUACAACGAUUCUGUCAAGCAUUAUCAAAUCAUCUGAUUCGAUCUCAAUUGAUAUCUAAUUAAACCAAAAGUAUUAAUAAUUGAAAGAAAUCUAAAACAAAUGAAUUAAGUUAAUUGAUAACAAAAUUAUUUUCAAGAAUAGAAACUUUACACUUAAAAGUGUGCACUUUUCAUUGUAUCUUUAAUACUCACUCUGGGGUAUUUUGUCUGUUAUCCAAAAUCGAUCAAACGUGUCAGAGUUUCUAUUUUUGGCUUGAGUUAUCACUAAGUAGUAAGUAACAUAUAUACUCAUCGUUUAUAAAUAUUUGGGAAGAAACUAUCGUAUUUAAUACUAUGUCAAUGUGCUUUUACUACAUAAUGCCACUAGUAAUAUUUUCUUAAUAUUAAAAUCAUGCCCUAUUUCUUCACGUAUAACAAUAUUAUUUAGCAUUAUUUCGUCAGUCUAAGUCUAGAUAUAUUGCUGGAUGCAGCAAAUACAUCCUAUUCGUGAUAAAUUAUUUAUGUUUAUCUAUGUGAACUAGUUUUGUCUGUAUAGUAAUUGCCUGUGGUGUUUGUUCGUGUGAUGUUUGACACAAGGUGUUUGGUACAUCUUUAGCAAACAGAUAUUAAAGCAACAUGAUAAAGUAAAUGUAUUAUGAUACCACGUAUAUGCAAACACACAAUCGUUUAUUCGCUGAACUAUUCAAUACAAGAUAUUAUGCUACAGACACAUCGUUACUCUUAACCUGAUUUCUUACGUGCGAACAAAACCCCUUCGGCAAUAAUAAAAACACUAAUCGCUUGUCUUAAAAAAAGUUUCAUUUGAAAAUAGAAAUACAGACUGAUAUGAUAUUUAUACAUUCAAGUCCAUUUCUAACGCAACACAUAUAUAUUUCAUAAUGUCUUGAUGUUUUGUCAACGAAUUUCGUAAAAAUUGGGAAUAUGAACAAAUAAAUAAUAUUUUAAUAUCUCACAGAAGUUUAUCCAAAUCACGAUUUUGCAAAACUUAACCAUCUGAAAACACGAUGAUCGGCAUAUUGAAAGAAUAAGAUGGAAAACCCAAUGCAGAUUGGAAAUACCAAUUUUGUAUUUCAAUAGAAAUGAGUUUCACUGAAUGUUCAACGCUCCACUCUAUUGCAAUGAAAGAAACGAAUAUGCAAACAAAUGUUUUAGAAAAUUACAAAGCAUUGUUAAAUUCCUUUAAGUGUUGAACACAGAAAACGAACGUUAAUCAGUAAAAAUGAGACCAUUUAUUAUUUACAAAGCUUUUUAACUACAUGACUCACCAUGGCAAUGCUUUAUAUAAGUACGAGUACUUUUACAUCAACAUCAAAAUUGUAACUUGCUUUUCUCCCAUUUUUAUAUUGAUCUGUUAUUUUACAUGGAACACGAUUAUUUAUUAUGCACAUACAUUUUGUUGUUAUAUGAGUUUUUGAACUCGUGGGCUUGUGCUUAUUGUUCGAAAUAAAGUUUUUCUACUU